AUUAUGGGUACGGUACAUACUUUAGGUCCGAAUAGUCUUACCGUUUUUCAAUUUUAGUCGGAUGGUAAACUGCGAAUGUUUUUUGACAGUUAGUACAUUUUAAAAAUCAACACAAUGUUUAGAGAUAUAAUUUUGCUUUGUGUGGUAAUUUUGACUGGCGUUAAGCUUGCGGAACAAGUAGAGUUUUUAAAUCAAGAUUAUAUUGACCGAAUUAAUAAAGUUGCUUCAAAAUGGAAAGUAAGCAAUAAAUAUUAACUAUUUAUUUUAAUUAAUAAUAUUAUUAAUACAUGAAUAAUAAUUAGUUUUAUAAUUAAUAUAUAUAUAUAUAUAUAUGUCAAUGAUUAAUUAUAUUCCACAGGUUUUACUUUUUCGUUAAAGUUAUAUUAUUAUCAAAUGAUACAAAAUUUGUGUAGGAUUUUAGCGAAACUGCAGUUAUCGUAAUCACUUUAUAAAAUAUAUUUUGAAAAAUACCUACCAUUUUUGUUGAAAUUUAAAAAGUACAACAAUUAACGUAAUUUCAUUUUGUUGUAGUCUAAUAUGUAUAGAAAUAUGUAUACUAUAUAUAAUGAAUAUUUUAAUGUAAAACGAUUUUUGACAUGAAAAAAUGAAAUCAAUUUUUUAGAAUCGUUUACAAAAAUAUUAGUUCUGUAAAUUAAAUUACACCUAAUAACUAAAAUACCACUAUCAUUGACCUCACUGACAAGAGAUAAUCCAUUAAAUAGUGUAUUAAAUACUUUAAGUUCUAAACAUGAACUAAUUUAAUCAACUUAUUUUAAUAAAACUAUGAAGAAAUAUGAUUCAUAUUAAUUUAAUGUACUUUAUAGAUUUUUUAGUAAGUUAUAAAACAUUAUUUUUUUAAAUAUUUUUAAAAGUAUAAAAUAUAACGUAAUUAUAAUUUAUAAUAUAGUGCGAAUAAUGGAAUUAAUUAAAAAUAUAGUAAUUAGUAAUUAUAAAAAAAACAAAAUAAUUGUAUAUUCUUAAUAUAAUACAAAACAAAUUGUACAUAACAAUGACUAUUAUACCUAUCAUUAUUCUUUAACCUAAUUUACUAUAUUAUAUAGGCUGGUAUGAAUUUCGAUCCGAAACUGCCGAAAGAAUCUAUUGUGAAGCUGUUUGGAACCAAAGAAAUCGAGAAGUUUUUUAAACCAAUCAAUCAAUACAAAUCGAAUGACCCGGUGUAUGGUCGGAACCAACUAAUCCCGCUAAAAUUCGACGCCAGAAAACAAUGGCCUCGUUGUGAUAUGAUGAAUACUAUUCAAAACCAAGGUUUCUGUGGUUCUUCUUGGGUGGGUGAAUAAAUAUAUAAAUUCGUUUUCAAAUUAUAAAUAUUAACAUAUGAUUAUUAGAAACAGUAAUACCGAUUAUUAAUCUAAAAAUGAAUUUAGGCGCAUGCGGUUACCGGAGCGUUUGCGGAUCGACUAUGUAUAGCGACUGAUGGACAGUUUAAUCAACUCGUAUCUGCGGAAGAGUUAACAUUCUGUUGUCACUUAUGCGGUUUCGGAUGUCAUGGAGGUUAUCCGAUCAAUGCAUGGACAUAUUUAAAACGACAUGGUGUGGUAACUGGUGGAAGCUACAAUACUACUGAUGUAAUUAAAUAAUAACAAUAAUUAUUAUUCUAUUAAAACUAUUUAAAUAAAUAUUUAAAUGAUAUCCUAAUACCGUUAUGUUCAAAAUUCAAUUAUUUUAUAGGGUUGUCAACCGUACAGAGUGCCUCCUUGUGAUAACUUCCAAGGUGGACCAAGUUCGUGCUACGAUCAACUGAAGGAAAAAAAUCAUAAAUGCUCCAGAUCGUGUUACGGGAAUAAAACGAUCAAUUAUAACAGUGAUCAUAGAAAAAGUAUAAUUAAUAAUUAAAUUUUAGUAUCAUUUAUCGCAUUUAGUACCUAGUAUAGUUAACGGUUGACAUUCAAAAUAUAUAUCCACAACUGAAAUGUUUUUUACUGUAGCUAGAGACGCAUAUUACUUGAAUUACAAUAGUAUUCAAAAAGACAUUAAGUAUUAUGGACCAGUUGUAGCGUCGUUCGAUGUCUAUGACGAUUUCGUUAGUUACAAAAGUGGUAAGGUUUACACGAAUUAACACAAAUCCAUAGAACAUACUUAUACCAAUGAAUUUUAAAUAUUCGUUUAUCAUUGCAGGUAUUUACGAAGUGACCGAAAAAGCUACAUACUUAGGAAAACAUGCUGUAAAAGUAAUCGGAUGGGGUAUCGACUAUAAUAAUACAGAAUAUUGGCUGAUGGUCAACUCGUGGGGCCGUAAUUGGGGAGAUGGAGGACUAUUCAAAAUUCGCAAAGGCACUAAUGAAUGUAGAGUUGAUGACUCUUUUACUGGUGGUGUACCUGUUUUUUAAAAAUAUUUUAUUACCUAAUAUCUUUCUAUACAUAUAAAUACGUAUCAUAUGUUACGAAUGUCAUUGAUAACUGUUUAAUCUCUGGUUAAUGUUUAUAUUAUAUUUGUAAGUUAUAAAUUCAUUAAAAAUAUUCCUCUCGUCAUUUUUCAUACUCCUCAUCUAUUUACUUAAUUCCUAAACAAUUGUCCAAUUCUACUUCUGAUUCGUGCCAUCCCUCCUUCUUGUAAAAUUAUUUUCAAUUAUUAUUUUUCUUUUAAUAGUACAUUGUUAUCAAAACCACUUUCAACAAAAUCAAAGCCACAUAAAUUAGCCAUAUAAAUUAUAAAUACCUACUAACAACUAGAUGAUGUAUCAGUAUUUGGUGUUUGAAAAAAUGUCCUUAAAAUUAACCAUCCGUUACAAUAAGACGUGAAUUUGAUGAUCUAUUAAUACCAUUAUAUUCAUCAUUACGUUAUUCUCAACAACAGUUUUCUGAGAGUUCCGGAUUAAAAAAAUAAAGAAAAUAUUUUGCACGGUGGGUAGGGCCACUGUUGUAGCCUGUAGGUGAGAAGUUGGGAAGUCAUAACUACUGAAUCAAUUAAUUUUUUUAAUGGUUUUAGUAUAAAAAUGGAAAAUUUUGAUAAAGAUCCAUCUUUCUGGGAAUAUAAUGAAAACUACAACAAAGGAUUUAAUAUAUUAAACAAUUUAAAUGUUGAUAAUAAUUCAGCUGAAAAAGAGUUAAGUUAACAGAGGAAUAUAACAACUUAAUAUCAAAAGAUGAAAAACAAAAACAAUUUACUCAGUUGUUUCAGAACAUAGAAAAACAUAUACCAAUAGCAACGAGGACACAUUGUCAAAAAUAUUUAAAAAUAUAUCUUAGAAGUAUUUAUGUAUAGAUUUUUUUUAUUUUUUUUUUUGAUAAAUGUUAAAAUUAUUUCAUAAAAAUGUAAGAAAAACUGAAAUAAUUAAGCGUUUAUUAAUUCGUCUUAUUUUAAUCGUAAAAAGCGUCUUCAAUUGAAAAUUCCUCAUGUAUAUGGUAAGAAAGGCAAGAAAUUAAGAAUAAAAGAAGUUCUUGGUAUUUUAUUUAAAAAAAUCACAUCUAAAAAAACUAUGUUCGAUUGUACAAUAUUUUCUUUGAUUUAAUGCAUUUUUUGUAUUAUUGUAUAAAUAUUAAAAUAAUAUUAUAAUAUUAAAUACUCAAACGCAGUGCGCCUUCAGUAAAUAUUAUUCAAAUGGCCUUAAACUUUAAGGAUAUAAUUGUUUUAUUGUACGGCACAAGAUAGGGGGAUGUCCCAGAAUAAAUGUUGACAUUGACAAAAUAAGGAUCACCCUAAUAUGCCAUAUUAUAGUAAGUAUAAUACCAUAAGAAGGCUCUAUAUAUUUUCUUUAAUAAUAUUUGUUUAAUGUUGGACCGAUUUCCCCGGUUUUCUUACUUUUUUCCGUUUUCCUUAGUUUUUUCGGUUUUUCACAUUUGUUGAGAAAACUCCGGGAAAAAUCGAUAAACGACCUCUUUAACGUAUCUCCCCAGUGAAAUUUCCUUUUAGAAAAAUUGUUAGCAUUAAAACUUGGAACAAAAUUGCUGGUAGAAAAGUUAUCCACAGAAAAACAAACAUCGUAAUAUUAUAUAAAUAUAUUUUGUACAUUUUCUGGUUUUUCUUUCGUUUUAUUUGGUUUUUCACAUUUAAUGGGAAAAUUCUUCGGAAAUCGAAAAAUUACCUCCUUAAAGUACCUUCCGACUUUCAGAAAAGGAACUACACGUAGAAAUCUGAGCAAGUCUUCUGGUAAAGAUUUUACGCAGAUAUAAAAAAAAAAUAAUAAUAAUAAUAAAAAUAAUCAUUUUUGUAAAUUAUAAGCUGGUACACU